CACAGGCCAAUCCGGAGCUGGCAACAACUGGGCCAAGGGCCACUACACGGAGGGCGCCGAGCUGGUGGACGCCGUCCUGGACGUGGUCCGGAAAGAGGCCGAGAGCUGCGACUGCCUGCAGGGCUUCCAGCUGACCCACUCGCUGGGCGGGGGCACGGGCUCGGGCAUGGGCACGCUGCUUAUUAGCAAGAUCCGGGAGGAGUUCCCCGAUCGCAUCAUGAACACCUUCAGCGUGGUGCCGUCGCCCAAGGUGUCGGACACGGUGGUCGAACCCUACAAUGCCACGCUGUCGGUGCACCAGCUGGUGGAGAACACAGACGAGACGUACUGCAUCGACAACGAGGCGCUCUACGACAUCUGCUUCCGCACCCUGAAGCUCACCACGCCCACCUACGGCGACCUCAACCACCUGGUGUCGGCCACCAUGAGCGGGGUGACCACCUGCCUGCGCUUCCCGGGCCAGCUCAACGCCGACCUGCGCAAGCUGGCCGUGAACAUGGUUCCCUUUCCACGCCUGCACUUCUUCAUGCCGGGCUUCGCGCCCCUGACCAGCCGGGGCAGCCAGCAGUACCGGGCGCUCACGGUGCCCGAGCUCACCCAGCAGAUGUUCGACGCCAAGAACAUGAUGGCCGCCUGCGACCCGCGCCACGGCCGCUACCUGACCGUGGCCGCCGUGUUCCGGGGCCGCAUGUCCAUGAAGGAGGUGGACGAGCAGAUGCUGAGCGUGCAGAGCAAGAACAGCAGCUACUUCGUGGAGUGGAUCCCCAACAACGUGAAGACGGCCGUGUGCGACAUCCCACCCCGCGGCCUAAAGAUGGCCGCCACCUUCAUCGGCAACAGCACGGCCAUCCAGGAGCUGUUCAAGCGCAUCUCCGAGCAGUUCACGGCCAUGUUCCGGCGCAAGGCCUUCCUGCACUGGUACACGGGCGAGGGCAUGGACGAGAUGGAGUUCACCGAAGCUGAGAGCAACAUGAAUGACCUGGUGUCCGAGUACCAGCAGUACCAGGACGCCACGGCCGAGGAGGGCGAGUUCGAGGAGGAGGCUGAGGAGGAGGUGGCCUAGCCCUGCCCCCGGCGCCCCACCCGUCCCGGCUCUGUCCUCUGACCUCCAAGAGCCCCCUCCUCUCCUGGCCUGACUCACCUCUGGCCCCGUGACCGCCACCCCCGGCUGCUUCAUCUCUGACCCUGGAGCCUCACUUGACCUCUCGAGCUCAUCCGACGUGAACGCUCCACACCCCCUGGAAGUUCCGGUUCAUCCUUUCUGACCCCUCAGACUCGGCCUUGAAUUUCAUGCGCUCUGCUUCGCCCACAAUGUCUUCACCUUUGACCCCCCGCAUAGCCCGAUUUCCCCUCUAGAUCUGUGCACCCUGGUUUGCUUUUGACCCAGCCCUCUAAGCCGCACUUCACCUCUGACCUUGUCUACCCUUUGACCUCCCGGACCCCGGCUCCCCUCGGACCCUGCCUCUCUCUGGCUCCCAGAAGCCCCCGAGUCCUCUCCGACCUCACCCCCCUCGAUUCCUGCCUUCCUUGGCUUGCUGGGGGGAGAAACAAGACCCGGUGCCUGCCAGGAGAGGCUGUCCCCGUCAUGGCCACCCACCCCGGCCUCCCCUCCCCGGCCUCCCCUGUGAUAAAUAAAUCCAUUGUGGUCCUGGA